AUGAACGUUAUCCUGGUUCCAGUGAUUCCCCCGCAGUCCUUCAUGACCUUCGCCAAAGCAACCCUUUCUAAGUCAGGCAUCCAGAGAGCCCCGCGUCUCCGCCUGUGCAGGGAAGUGAGGCUGGUCCCAGCCCGAGGCCAGCCGGCCGCCCUCCUUGCCUCUCUCGCCAGCAGGGUCCUCUGUGCGGCGUCUGCUUGCGACAUUUGUGCCCUGAGACACGAGUUUGCCGACGGUUUACGCUCCUGGUCACCGUGA